AAAAGCUGCUUCACCGACGAGACGUAUGCUCCAUACUGUUCGUUAAAAGCGCCACUCUUUCAUUGAAGUAACCUAUGACGUUUCAUAGCCGGAACUCUUCAUAUUGUUAUAUUAUGCGUAAAACCGGAACUUAGUCUACACCAGGAGGACUACAUAGAAUGUAUUCUCUUAAGUGGUGAGCGGUGUGCGAGGCUCUGGGGAUUUUCGGAAAACAGAUCAGUCGAGAGAGAGAGAGAGAAAUCUGCCUGGAUAAACAACAGCAGACGCCGCGAUGAGGCAGGAAUGGGGACUUCACCACGGGCCCAAAUGACAAACGGACAGGAAUUUCUGCUUUAGCCAUUUGAAAAACAGAUGAAGACUCACUUCUGAGAAUAAUUAUUAAGCUGUUUAGUUCGCGACAGAAAAGGAAAAAUACGACAUAAUCAUUUUUACAAGGUUAGCGAGCAAGCCAGCCAACUCGCUGCCGUCUGCGACUCUUCCUCCAUCCACUGUUAGGUUUUGCUAGCUCUAGCUAGCAAGCUAGCAUCGGGCCUUUGGUUUUGUGUUGUCAGUUUCACAACCCGGCUGUUGACGUUGUAGCUAGUAUCACUUAGCGCCCCCCUUUUCAGUUAAUUCGCCUACUUGGUCUGCUAACAAAGGAUUUUAAUUGAAAACGGAGGAACAUAAGAAUACUGUCGUGUCAGGUCUUGCUUUUCGGACGGACGGCGGGUUGUGGGGCCGAUGGACCCCUAGGAGCCAGGACAGCCGUCCCGAGUGCAGCUUCGCGGAGGGGCAGCCAGGAUGAAGAGCGAGGUGCCCUCUAACGCCCCGCACAGACACGAGCACCUGAAGGGGGCGCUGGCCAGCCCAGAGCCCAUGGAAGCCGCCAAGAGCUUUGCGGCCGGCGUGGACGUGAUGGGGAAGGUGGGCAGCGAGUUCGUGCCCCUCUGCGCCGAGCCCCGCCACCGGCCCCUGAGGGAGCCGGGCCCCGGGGCCCGCAGGGACGCGGACAGGGGCCACCCCGGGCGCAAGAAGCGCAAGAGCCAGCAGGCGGGGCCCUCGGCGCGAGCGCUGAAAGAGGGCCGGGUCAGCGGGGGGCCCCUGGCCCCCUCGCGCCACAGGGCCGGGCUCCUGGAGGAGCCCAGCGAGGAGGAGCAGCGGCUGGACUCCUCGCUCAGCGACUGCGUCUCCUCGCCCUCCUCCAGCCUGCACUUCGGAGACUCGGACACGCUCAGCUCCGAGGACGGGGGCGGGGCGGCGGCGGGGGCGGAGCUCCAGCGCAGGGCGGGGUCCACGGGGGACGGGGGCGGGGCCGGGGCGGGGCCGCGGCCGGUUCUGGCCCGGACUCCGGUGGGCCGGGUGCACAGGUGGGCGCGGCCGGAGGCGGAGGCGGUGCUGCUGAAGCGGCCCUGCCUGGCGGGCCGCCGGCCCCUGCACAGGAAGCGCUCGGUGAAGGCGGUGGCGGGGGCGGGGGCCGCGGGGGCCCCGGGCGUGCAGCGGACUCAGAAACAGAAGGAGCGGCUGCAGCUGCAGCGCAGGAAGCGCGAGGUCAUCGCCCGCAGGAAGUACGCCCUCCUCCACAGCACCAGCAGCUCCAGCGAGGAGCUGAGCACCGACUCCUCCUCCCCGUCCUCCAGCGAGGGAGACGACGAGCUGUACGUGGACAUCAGCAGCAGCAGCAGCCAGCCCGGCAGCGCCGCUGUGAGCACAGGUGCCCUGGAUGAAGACGUGGUGGUGAUCGAGGCCACGCCCGCUCCCUCCCUCCCAGCCAAUGAGGAGAUCAACGUCACCUCCACCGACAGUGAGGUGGAGAUCGUCACCGUGGGCGACGCCUUCAGGCCUCGCUCCGGGGGGGCCCACAACAGGAUGCACUGGGGCCCCAGCUGCUCUCAGAACCGAUCCCAGGACCAGCGCGGCCGACACCGGAUCUCCACCGUCAUCCAGCCGCUCCGCCAGAGCGGGGCCGAGGUGGUGGACCUGACCAUGGACGAGGACGAUCUUUCCGUAGUGCCAACCACCUCUGACAGGACCCGCCCCCAGCCUGUUAGCUCCUCCUCUUCCUCCUCGUCCAAUAAUGCCUCUACCUCAGAGCCCCCCUGUGUGGGCCCCGGCCCCCGCGCCAGCGGCCCCGCCCCAGUCCCAGACAGCACUGUGGGAGUGCAGGCACCCAGCAGCACAGCCGGCUCAGCCGCUGGGGAUGAUGCAAGAAGAGGCACUUUGGGGCCCUCAGGGGAAAGCGGGGGCACAGCCAUGCCCCGCCUCCCCUCCUGCUGCCCCCAGCACUCCCCCUGCGCCGGCCCCUCCCCGGGGCACCUGCCCCUCGGCCACGCCCACUCCAGCUGCAUGCAGGCCCCGCCUCCUCAGCAGGCCCUGCCCCAGCACGGCCACGCCCACCACUUCCACCACCACCAUCACCACCCGCCCCCUCCCCCGCCCCCCCUCUCCUUCCCCGAAACCAGCUGCCCCCUGGAGCGACCCACUGCGGUGCCACCGCCCUGCGGAGGAGUCAGCAGUACAAGCAACCAGUACCACGACCAGACCCUGCCUGUGGAUCUCAGCAGUAACGCGGUGCGCAGCGGGGGGAGCGGCGGGUUCCACGGGACGUCGGCCUUUGACCCCUGCUGCCCCGGGUCAUCGUCCCGCCCCCCCACCUACGGCUCGCAGGCCGGCCCGGGCCCCAGCCAGCCCGUGGACACCUACAGCUCUGCCAUGGCCACCCCGCCCCAACCACAGCCCCAACUGUCCUCCUGCAGGCAUUACAUGCACCCCACCUAUGGACCCCUGGCCCGCUCUCUCCACCACCAAAGCUCCUCCUCCUGCCCCCAUUCCCACGGCAACCCCCCGCCCCCGCCCCAGCCCCCCCCUCCGUCAGACUACGUCAUCCCGCACCCUGUCCACCACGCCUUCCACGCCCCCCCGGCACCGCCCCCCGCCCUGCCCGCCCACGCCCUGCCCGCCCACCACCUGCCCGGCGCGGCCCCGCCCCUGCCCCAGCACCUGCCCCCGGAGCACCAGGCCCUGUCCCACCACCUGCCCCCGGAGCACCAGGCCCUGUCCCACCACCUGCCCCCACUGGCCCCGGCCGUGCAGAGGCUGCACCAACACGAGAUGCUGCAGAGGAUGGAGGUGCAGCGGAGGAGGAUGAUGCAGCACCCUGCUCGAGCGCACGAGAGGCCCCCACCCCACCCUCACAGGAUGCACCCCAACUACGGUCACGGUCACCACAUCCACGUGCCACAGACCAUGUCCUCUCACCCCCGCCAGCCUGACCAGAGGACGACCUGGGAGUUGGGGAUCGAUGCUGGGGUGGCUGUAGCUCCGUAUCCGUCAGGACACCUGCACCCCCACCUGCCCCACUAUCACCCCCCUCCCAGACUGCACCACUUCCCCAUCACCUUCAUGCACACUGGCAUUUCCGAAGUGACCUACCCCCACAUCCGGUAUAUCUCGUCAAGAAUGACUGGUUUUGGAAGAACUUAUGAAGAUCUGCUGCAUUUGGAGGAGAGGUUGGGGACAGUGAACCGCGGUGCCUCUCAGGGAACUAUAGAGAGAUGCACUUACCCACACAAGUACAGGAAGAGUGUAGGAACUGCAACUCUAUUGUUUUUGACUGGACAGAGAAAGCUGCACGGCAAGCAGGAGGAGGACGAGGGUCCCGGGGAGGACACGGAGGAGAAGUGCACCAUCUGUCUGUCCAUCUUAGAGGAGGGAGAGGACGUCAGACGCCUUCCCUGCAUGCAUCUCUUCCACCAGCUGUGUGUGGACCAGUGGCUCCUCACCAAUAAGAAAUGCCCCAUCUGCAGAGUGGACAUCGAGGCCCAGCUGUCCCCCGAGAGUUGAUGACGUUUUCUCGGGCUCCUCUCAUUUUAUUUUCCUUUGUCGGUUGGUUUUGUUUUGUUUUGUUUUUUUUCUCCCUUCAGUACUUCAGUCAACCAAAGAUGGCACGACUCACCUGCGCAGAUUUAAAAUGAGAAACAAAAGACAAAACGCCGUUCCACCCAAGAGAGCUCGCUGCCUCCGUGCCAGUACUGCUAGAGGCGGCAUAAUCGGAAAAGAGUUUAGUUUUUUAAAUAUAAUUGUAUUUAUAAAGCUCUUUAUUUGAAUUUUUAGUUGUUUUCUUUGGUGUCGUUUUAUUUUGUAUUUUUUUUUGUUUUGCAUGAUUCCUUUUUAUGCGUUUCUUUGCACACAUAAGAAAUGGGGCUUCGUGUGGCCUACCAACUUGCAGGCAAGGGUCACCGCUCUGGUAAAGAGAAGCGUUUUUAAACAUACACAACAAUGCCCUGCUUUACUGGAGUGGACUGUCAACUUCCUUUUUCUUUUUUUCUUUUUUAAACAUCGCAGGAUUCAUUUAAGCAACCAUUGUAUCGAUUAGUUUAUGUACAGAUAAUGUGAUCACCUAGAUAAAAUGAAGAUUAAAAAAUAUAUAUUAAUCAAGACAUUCCUUAAUUGGGGGAAAAAGGUUUUAAAACGGACAGAGCUGCUUUGUCGGUCGUUGUGCAUCGUCGAGCUGUGUCCACCGACCGGGAACGGACUGAAAUAUGCAUCACCGCGGAUUAUGCACACCCCCGGGUUCACCCUGCGUCUUGAGUUCAGUACUUCACCUAAUGUAUUUGGGAAGAGAAUAAUGAAUGUCAGUUGUGUGUGUUUGUUCUUUUUCGUUGUUGAUUAUUGGAUUGAGAGUGGGGUUUUCGUAUAGGACAGGCAUCGCUGUCUGAAUCAGGAGGGCCUCUUCCGGGGGGCCCUGUGGAGUGGUCUGGGGCCUGCCUCCCCCACCGGUCUCGUGUCCAUCUGAAAUCUGUGAACAUUUUGACUGGAAGCUGCGUGCGACCUGCUUUUUUUGUUGUUGCUUUUUUCCGUUUAACAUUUUUUUCCUCUGCGUGUACUUUCUGUCGAGACUACUCAGAGGAAAAAAAGACCCAAGAUGGAUCCACCUGACUGUUGGGGGGGGGGUCGUCAGCUAACUUCUGCAAAGAUCACUGUCACUUCAUCUCUCCUCUUCCUCUCUGUACCCGCGCAGUGAGUGUACGUUCUGCGCUGAAGUACUUAACACUAAUAUUACUCUCAACUAGCUAACUUGCAUAUACUUGCACAUCCAAAGGCGAGAGAUGGCACGAGACAGAGUCCUGUGAAUAUGAACGCGUGUUUCUGCUCUGGGUUUGAAUAAAAAAAAAAUAACGGUCAUUUUGAACGGAGUGUUGGUAUGCAGUACUUAUGGCAGGAAUCCAUGCAUUCAUAGACUUAAUGCCCCCCGGAUGCUUUUCCAAGGGCUUUCUAUUAGUUUCAAAGAUAUUAAUAAAGUUAGGUAACUCUU